AUGACUAGGAACAAUGCUAAGAAGAUUUCAGAACAGAAACUUAGACCAAUUACAGUUGACGAAAUGGAAAAGGCUGAAAUAGUAAUCCUGAAAUUGGCUCAAAAUGAUUCAUUUUCCGAUGAAAUUGCUGCCCUUAAAGAAGUAUUAGCUGAGAACCACAGCGAUCCAAGAGCGAAGAUUAGCAGUGAAAAGAAAAAAGUCAAAACGAUUAGUUCCUUGUUUCGACUGGACCCGUUCAUCGAUAGAAACGGACUGUUACGUGUCGGAGGAAGAUUAAGCAAAUCAAGAAGCUUGCCCGAAGAUCUUAUGCAUCCUGUAAUAUUACCGAAGAAAAGCCAUAUCACGACUUUGGUUAUCCGUCACAGCCACGAAAAGGUUGCACAUGCGGGAAGAGGAAAUACCCUAAACGAGCUCCGAAGCAAAUAUUGGAUAACAAAUGCAAACUCGGCAGUUAGACAUUAUAUAUCGAAGUGCGUUAGGUGUCGAAGAUUGCGUGCCGUCGUCGGUGAGCAAAUGAUGGCCGAUUUACCCAAAGAUCGUGUCUCACCAGCACCGCCAUUUACUUACUGCGCUGUGGACUACUUUGGCCCGUAUUUCGUGAAAGAAGGCCGUAAGCAGUUGAAGAGAUAUGGUGUAUUGUUCACAUGCCUGGCCAGCAGGGCGAUCCAUCUUGAAACAGCGAUUUCUCUAGAGAGUGAUUCGUUCAUAUGUGCCUUAAGAAGAUUCGUCGCCAGACGUGGACCUGUACGUCAAAUGAGAUCAGAUCGUGGAACCAACUUUAUCGGUACUGAAAGGGAACUCAAGUCAGCGUUAGAAGAAAUGGACCAUAAACGACCACAGGAAAUUUCCUCAAAAGAGUUCAACGCAGAUUGGUUGAUCAAUUGGAACCGAAAUCCACCAGCCGCUUCGCAUAUGGGAGGAGUAUGGGAGAGGCAGAUCCAUACAGUUCGAUCGAUUUUGUCUUCUCUUCUACGCGAUUACGGACACGCCCUGAAUGAUGAAUCCUUACGCACUUUAAUGACCGAAGUGGAAUGUAUUGUUAAUAGCCGACCGUUAACCUUCCCAUCCGGUGAUGCCACAGAUCUCCAACCUUUGACACCCAAUUACAUUCUGACCAUGAAAUCUAAAGUGGUUAUGCCUCCCCCCGGUGAUUUUCAAAAAGAAGAUGUUUAUCUUCGAAAGAGAUGGAGAAGAGUCCAAUACAUGGCGAACAUAUUUUGGACAAGAUGGAAAAGAGAAUAUUUGCAAACCUUACAAGCGAGAACGAAGUGGAAUCAGCCUAAAAGAAACAUCGAGAUUGGAGACAUUGUUCUUAUUAAAGAUGAAAACACCGCAAGAAAUGAUUGGCCUAUGGCACGAGUGGUCAACGUAAGGCAAGAUUCGAAAGGAUUCGUUCGUUCAGCGACGCUCAAGUUAUCAUUUUCCACCCAAGAACGUCCAAUUGAUAAACUGGUACUGUUGAUGGAAAACGACGAAACUUUAGAUGGACGAAACUUUAGAUGGACAAAACAUUAA